AGAGUUGCGAUGUCAAGUGUCACGUUAUAUUGAAGUUUUGUUCAAAAGUUCUAAACAACAUUAAAAAUGAAAAUAAAAUAACAAGUUUUAUAAGUUUUAAAAAAGUUUCAUUCAUGCUUUUGCUUUACAAAAUGUUCGCACGCGUUACAUUUUAUCCUACAUUGGUGUACAAUGUAGUUAUGGAAAAACUUUCUCCUAGACAAUGGUAUAACAGAAUUGACGAUGUUGUUAUUUUAGGAGCCUUGCCGUUUAAAAGUUUGACGAAAGAGCUUAUUGAGAAAGAAAAUGUCAAGGCAGUUGUAUCAAUGAACGAAGAUUAUGAAUUGUUUUUGGCCAAUGAUGCUAAGUCCUGGUCCAAAGAAGGAGUUGAGUUUUUACAAUUGGCAACAACUGAUAUAUUUGCAACGCCUUGUCAAAGUAAGCUCGUGGAAGGAGUUAAGUUUAUAAAUAAGUUUGUUCAAAAUCGAGAGGUCGUUGACGGCGUUUCUUCUACAUCUGUUUAUGUUCAUUGCAAAGCUGGAAGGACACGAAGUGCUACUUUGGUUGGAUGUUAUUUAAUGCAUAGGUACAAAUGGACUCCAGAAAGAGCUAUAAAGCACAUGAAAGAAAAGAGGCCACAUAUUUUAAUGCAUGCAAGACAGUGGGAAGCUUUAGAAAUAUUUAGACGAUUUAAUAUGAUAAAUGUUGAUUCAUGAACUUUUAACAUAGUAAAUUAAAAUAUAUUUUGGUUGAAAUUGUG